UGGUUAACAAGGAAACAACGACUCAAGGUAGAUAAGGAACACAAUUUUGUUGACUUUCUUAGAGAUCAGGCAACAGUAAAGCCAACUUACUACUUAUCCUAGGCGUUGGCAAUUUUCAGUUUAAACAUUCUCUACCAUUUACCUUAAUUGUGUUUUAAUUUUUAUUUUAAUUUAGCCCAUCAACAAAAAAAAAGAAACUUCUAAUUGAUACAGAUUCAAUUUCAAGAUAACCAUGUUGACCAGGCUUAUAAUAUUUAUUUUAGCCAUUGGUCUGGUUGAAAAAACCGUUGGACAAUCAUCUUAUGAUCAAAGAGGAACCUAUUACGGAAAUGUUUUCCCUGGUUCUCCAGCUAAAUUUACUCCAAUCAUGACGCCUGAACUUCAGGAGCAACGUCGACAACUCAUGUAUCCAUAUAACUUAACGUACAUUCUGGAUAUCAACCAAAACAAGCCUAUUCAUGAUCAACCGUUAACAUUUCGAUUGCCCUUCUUUGGAUUUGAAUUUAAUUAUGCUUAUAUUCAAAUGAAUGGUCAUCUUGCCUUUAAUAAAGGUCUUCUCUCGUAUCGUUUUCCAUUGAAAUUUCCAAUGCAACCAACUGAUCCACUUUCUGAAGAGGAUCCAUCUAUGAUUGCUAUCUGGUUUGCUCAGCAAGAUAUUCCUGGACAAACAGAGAUUCCAAACGCUGGAGUUUAUUUACAAUUGGUUGUUAUGGAACAAGAGACGAAUACGACUCUUCGAGAUAGAUUGAUUCUCGAUUUUAGAGAAGGAAUGAUUGGAGCUGCGGAUUUUACACCUAAAUUUGCAAUGAUUAUCACAUGGAAAAAUAUGACUUUUGUUGCUCGAAGAGAGGAAAAACCACUCAAGACAAAUACCUAUCAAAUGGUUGUAGCGACUGACGAAAUGCGAACAUAUGUUAUGUUCAAUUAUGAAAAGAUAGAUUGGAUCACAUCUAAGGAUAAUUACGAUGGACUCAAAGGACCACCAGCUUUUAUUGGUUUCAAUGCUGGUAAUACUACAAGAGCUUUCGAGUACAAACCAUAUUCUCAAGAGCCUCGAGUUAGUGUUAUGACGCAAAGAGGUUAUGGUAAUGGAUUAGAGGGUCGAUAUUUUUUCCAAGUUGAUGAGGAAAUCUGGCCUGGAUGUUGUAUUAACAAGGAUCUUAAUCCAAAUUUGAAAGAUCGUCUUCCAUUGACAUUCUUCCCUCGUUGGGGUCACAUGUUGGGUGGUACCUUAGUUAAUGUGACUGGACCUUGUUUUGAACCAGAUGAUAUUAUAACAUGUAACUUCGACAAUCAAGUUGCUAAAGGAAUUUACCGUGAUUCGAAUCAUGCUACCUGUAUUUCUCCACCCGUUUUUUACCACGGUUAUAUUGAUUUAUCCAUAACAGUCCAAGGAAAAACAAUUUUCUUGGGUCGUUAUUAUGUUCAACCUCCUGAUAUUGCUGAUGAUGCUGUAGUAGUUCUUGAUGACAUGGAUAGACAAGAAAAUCCAGAAAAGCUUGUAAUAAAAUGGAAAUCAGAAAGACUCGCUUGGUAUCCUGAUGCUUCAGUUAGUAUUUCAUUGUGGGGAUACCGAGAAAUUAGUGAUCUUUAUCCAAAGCUUACAUAUAUUGAUACACUCGAAGAGGGAGUUCGUCUUGGAUCUCAAAGAAUUGAGCUUUUAACCGAAAAAUAUCGUGAUCGUGUCAAUCAUGGAUUAACUGAUAUGCUUUUUGGUUUUAUUGCAAUCAAUCUAACAAAUCCAACAAUUCUGGGUAAACAAAUUACUCAAUCUCCAAUCAUCUGGUCUCGUGCUAUGCCUUUAGCUUGGUACUUCAGACGUCAAUGGGAACGAGUAUACGGUCUGAAUGGAAGAUGGAAAACAAAUCUGUGUAAUGAUUGGUAUGAAAAGGAGCAAUAUGGAGAUGCUUUUGCUACAACAGUUUUCCGUUGUCCAUGUACCAGAUCCCAAGCUGAUCUUGACAGAGGACGGUUCUCACCUGAUCUCGAAUGUAAUAUUCAAGACAGAAAAUGUGAAAUAUUCCAUAAAGGAGCGCAGCAUUGUGUAGUUACUGGACGACCUUCUAUUGGAGGCUCUGGACAGACAUGCUGCUAUGAUGAUUACAUGGAAUUGAUUCAAACAGCGGACACUAUGUAUGGAGGUAGACCUUCAAGAGCUUUCGUGUAUGGUAAACAUCCAUUCAAGAUGAGGAUGAUGAUACCAGUUUUAUCUACCUAUCUUCAUGAUGUUAUGCCUUUCUUUGUCUGUUGUAAAUGGCAACCCGAAGAAGAUGAUUCCGAUACCUGCCAGAAAUACAACUAUUGGAGAACCUCUCAAGAUUGUUCAUCUUAUCAAGCUCCAGGAAUAGCCUCAGUUUAUGGUGAUCCACAUUUUGUCACAUUCGAUAAUCAUUCUUACACUUUUAACGGAAAAGGAGAGUUUGUCUUAGCCCGUGUUGACGAUCCAAGUGCUAAAAUAGAGGUUCAAGCAAGAUUUGAACAAGUACCGAGGAAACUCAGGAUAGAUCAAAAUAUCAAUGCUACCUACUUAACAGCAAUAGCUGCCCGGGACAAUCAAUCAGCAACUGUUGAAUUCCGGAUAAGACCAAAAGCUGCUCGCUGGCGAUACCAAAUGUAUUGUAUAGUCGAUAAAGAAUACGUUUUCUUCUGGGAUUCUUCACUUCGGGUUCAAAAUUUCCGUGGAGUAACCUUAUACCAACCGGCGGACAUACGUAACAUGUCUCAUAUAAUUGCCAUGUUUGAUUCUGGAGCUGGAGUUGAGGUUAUGACAAAUGGAGGAGCCAUGACAGUUCACGUUUAUCUACCUCCGCUAUUUCAAAAUAAAACUUAUGGACUAUUAGGUUUCUAUUCUGGAGAUAAAUUUGAUGAUCUAAUGUUACCGAAUGGCGCAGGAAGAGUAUCUAUAUCAGGGACUAUGGAAGAUUUACAUACUAGAUUUGGUAAAAGCUGGAGAGUGGCCGAAGGUUCAGACAAGAUUGGUGUUGGUCAUUCGUUGUUUUGGCACGACGCCUUUUCAUUCGCUGCGUACGAUGAUCUUAAUUUUGUUCCGGAGUUCAGAUUACCUCCGGAUGAAUUAAGAUUACCAGAUAAUAAAAUGCAUCUUGAAGCAGAAAUGAAAUCAAUUUGUGCAGAUUCAGUAACAUGUAGAUAUGAUUAUAUCAUGACGCUUGAUCCUGAUUUCGCUAAAGUUUCCAAAACGCAUGAAACAUGGGCCCAUGAACUACAAUUAGCAGCUAAUGCUACUGUUCGACGAUGUCCAGCUUUACCUAAACCAAGACAUGGACGAAAGACUGAAAAUAAAUAUUAUCCAGGAAUCACAGUUCGAUUUGCAUGUGAUGAUGGGUAUCGAUUAGUAGGACAUGAAUAUAGAUGGUGUAGACCUGAUGGACUAUGGUCUUGGGGUUAUGAAGCGACCUGUAUAAGUACUGGUUCUUAUGCUGGAUUCUUAUCAUUAUAUAUAUUUGGUGUAAUCAUUCCGAUUAUUCUGAUAUUAACUUGUUGUAUAUGUUGUUUGAUGAGAUCCAAUAGAAGAGGAUACGAUCAUUAUACUGGAGAACCUGGAAUUCAACCUGUUUUUAAUGAAUUCAAUUCUAAAAUGUAUCAAAGUAAAAAUCAACCAAGAGAAAGUCAGGUGAUGACAAGUAAGCCAGUUGCCUCAAUACCUACACAAGCCAUUGAAGCCGAAAUCAAUUGAUAGUUUGUCUAUUGACUAGAAACUUCCAACGACUGCCUUUUUAUUAAAAAAUCAUUUUAAUUAAUGUUUAAUCUUUUCUUAUUCAUGAUUCACUCAUCAAUUCAUUCUUUUUUAAAACAAUUUAAAACAUCUCUUUAAAACUUAAUGUAUCUUUGGUUUUGCAUUCAUCUUUAAAAUCUUGACUAUAUAUUAAUAUUAAUAAAGUUCCUUCGCUUUGUUUUCUUUUUAA